AUGGUAAAAUAUCAAGAUAUGCUUACGAGGAGAUCAUCUGGAGAUACAGAUGAUUGUUUAUAUAGAUGUUUAUCUUUGGAGAUUGCGCGAACAUUAUCUCACAAACUUUAUGUUUGUAGGGACCUUGGAGUUCCAGACAAGAGCAUCAAGUGGCUGGUUUAAUCUUCUCCCCACACUUUCUUCUCUCCCGAUAAAAAAAUUCAACGAGUCUUGAACUGGGUCUGUAGCUACGGUUUUGACCUGAAGAAUGCUGGUUUUGUUCAUGCUAUGGUGGCUUUUGAUUGGACGAGUGAAUCAACCAGGGAACGGUAGUUGAAUCUGUUCCAACGUUUUGGUUGGUCUAAAAAAUAUUUUGUUGCGGCAGUUAUGGAGUUUCCAAAUUGCACAACGGUUUAUGAUGAAAAGAUUAUGUACACGAUGGAUUAUCUCGUGAACAUCAUUGGUUUGAAGGCUAAAGACAUUGUUGCGAGAACGGUGGUGUUGGAUCUGAGCAUUGAUAGAAUCAAACCAAGGAGCCAGUUGAUUUCUUUACUUGUAUCUGAAGGACUUGUGGAGAAAGAAGAUGUGAACUAUUUCACUAUGCUGAAGAUAAAAAAACUCCAGUUCAUGGAUAAGUUUGUGGUGAAGCAUCAGAAGGAGAUGCCGGAACUUGUACAAAACCUAACGAGUAAUCGUUGA